AUGAUCUCUGCAAAGGACAAGCCAAAGGUCCCCAAAGACAGCAUGACCCUCCUUCCCUGCUUCUACUUCGUUGAGUUGCCCAUUGUGGCUUCCUCCAUCGUGACGCUCUAUUUCCUGGAGCUGACUGACCUCUUCAAGCCAGCCAAGGUGGGCUUCCAGUGCUACGACCGAGCCCUCUCCAUGCCCUACGUGGAGACCAACGAGGAGAUGAUCCCGUUGCUGAUGCUGCUGAGCCUGGCGUUCGCAGCUCCCGCAGCCUCUAUCAUGGUGGGCGAAGGGAUCGUGUAUUGCUUGCAGUCCAAGACAAAGGGCCGUGGCAGCUCUGAAGGAAGCAUCAAUGCCGGCGGUUGCAACUUCAAUUCCUUUCUCCGCAGAACAGUCAGAUUUGUGGGUGUCCACGUAUUUGGCCUCUGUGCCACAGCUCUGGUGACAGACGUGAUCCAGCUGGCCACAGGAUACCACGCCCCAUUCUUCUUGACUGUCUGUAAGCCCAACUACACUCUUUUGGGUAUCUCCUGUGACUCCAACCCUUACAUCACUCAAGAUAUCUGCUCAGGUCAAGAUCAGCAUGCCAUCCUUUCAGCCAGGAAAACGUUCCCUUCUCAGCAUGCCACGCUGUCUGCUUUUGCUGCUGUCUACGUGUCGAUGUACUUCAACUCCAUCAUCUCCGACAGCACCAAACUCCUCAAGCCAAUCUUAGUGUUUGCUUUUGCAAUUGCGGCUGGGAUCUGUGGUUUGACGCAAAUCACCCAAUACCGCAGCCACCCCAUUGAUGUUUAUGUGGGCUUCCUGAUUGGCUCUGGCAUCGCAGCCUAUUUGGCAUACCAUGCAGUGGGCAACUUCCGAGCACCAAUCGAGAAGGUCCCCUCCAACCCCCCCACCAAGGAUGCCCUGAGAGCCCUGACCCAGCGUGGCCACGACUCUGUUUAUCACCAGAACAAGUCCGUCAGCACGGACGAGCUUAAUCCCCAAACCCGUCUGGAGGGGAUGAACCGGCAGGUACAGCGAGAGAAGAACUCCCUUGGCAGCUUAAAGAGGGCCAGCGUUGACGUAGACCUCUUGGCACCCCGUAGCCCCAUGGGCAAGGAAAACAUGGUCACCUUCAGCAACACUUUGCCACGGGUCAACACUCCCUCCAUGGAUGACCCCGCUCGCCGCCACAUGACCAUUCAUGUCCCUGUGGACGCCUCCCGAUCCAAACAGCUGAUCACGGAAUGGAAGCAGAAAUCGGUGGAAGGGCGUGGCAUGACCCUGGCAGAGGAAGUUGCCCGACGGGUCGUGUCGGAUUCUUUGGUCGGAGAAGAGGAGGAUCACAUCCCAUCACCCUUGUACCCCACAGUCCAGGCUCGAACUGCGGAGCGCGCCUCCAUGGGACCUCGGGUUCUCAUCCAGCCAAGACCUGGGGCAACUCAAUUAGUCCACAUCCCCGAGGAAAGCCAAGCCAACGCUGGUGCUAACAUUUCACCCAAAAGCAGCUCCGCCGUGAGGGCCAAAUGGAUGAUGAUGGCCGAGAAAGGGACCCAACGGGUGGCCAACCCACCCCGCCUCAUGCAGGUCAUUGCAAUGUCUAAACAACCAGGCAUGGUGUCGGUGACACCCAAACACUCAGAGACGUCCUCCUCGUCCACCAGCUCUGAUUCCUCCCAGUACCGCUCGCCGUCAGAAAGAGACAGUUCUAGCGUCGUCACCAUUGAUGCUCACGCCCCGCAUCAUCCGGUCGUCCAUUUGUCUUCUGGGAACGGGCCUUGGGAAUGGAAAGCCACCCAGAAAGCUUCUGACUGCCAAGAUGCGUAUGAGCUCAAUGAGAUGGGCAAGGAUUAUCGCGGCUUCCGGCCCGCCAAGGGUGCCGGCGUGUCACCCGGCUCUUCUGUCAGCGACAUCGAACAGGACGAACCACGCUACGGCAGCGUAGCCACCAUCAACAUUGCCCCGGGGGUGGGGGCAGGCCCUUGCUUGGUUUCAGCAGAGACCAGCCCUGCAGAAAACAUGUUGGGGGUCGCCAGCCGGGAGUCGACGCUACGGAGGAAGCCCACCAGCCUUACUGUGGGAGACAAGGAUGGGCAAACAGAAGAGACGGAAAACUUCUAUAAGAAGAUGCAAGCCAACCGGAGGUUUAAGGAAUAA